CAUACCUAAUACACGCGAUAAUGUUCAGUUCAAUCAUAAUCGAUACUUUCCUACCUUGAUCGUAAUGGACGUUCUGGACGGUGUUCCGCGGUGCAUCCUCGGCUAUCAGGUCAAGACCCGCUCGCAGAUUGUGUUUAGCUUUCUGGUUCCGGUGAUUUUUGAACUGCUGGUCUACACGGUAGUCAUCACGGCCGACGUGCUGGUGGUGGUGGAACAUUUUCGCAAUGGUAAUCCGACGUGGGCUUGGUUCAGUUUGAGUUUCAUGUGGCUGCCAGCGAUUACGUGCUUUUCGGCCGUGCUGUCAUCACCCAGCCAAUGGCCGGAAACGAUUGGCUUCGACCAGCGUACGUUGAGGUUUGUGGAAAAGAACUUGCUGGUGUUGGUGUUUUUCCCCGUGGCCGCGGUUUACAGGUUUAGUCGAAGGAUAUUCUGGAGUAUUGAGGCACUGUUUCAUGAAAAGACGUCGUAUGGGAGAGUGCAGGCAGUGAGCAAGAUCAGGGAGACGUCGCCGUUCGAGUUGUAUCAUUUUCUGCAAGCGUUUCUGCAUGCUGCUCCGCAGAUGUUCCUGCAGCUGUACAUACUGCUGCGUGAUAAUGCGUUCAGGAACUACGAAACGGUUACUGCGCAGAUAGUGAGUGUGGUGUUUUCGUUUCUCACAAUGGCAUCCAUUGUAACGUCGUACCAGCGGUUUGAAAGUCAGAAGAUUGUCGGACGAUGUUAUCCCUGGAGUUCCGAAGAGCAGGUGAAGGCUCGAAAGCGGGAGCUUCUACGAUCGACCAGUACAGUGGAGAGUGUGCUGGAGAGGAAUAUAACGAGUGUGCUUCCUGAACCGGAUCCGAUUACACCGAACAUUAUGCGCAAUUUCUAUUCCAAGUUUGGUGAAGAUCCACCUUCGCCUAGUGGAUCCGGUGUUCAGCGUAAGACCAUGAACGUAGACCAAUACAAUUUCGAUACGCAUUCCUCGAAGAAAUAUGGCGAACGCUACGGAAACUAUACGGAUGACGAUAAACUGACCGUUUCCGAUACGGUUGACUCUCUAUCGCCGACGGUGAGUUUCAAGCAGGAUUUGGUUGAGAAUAUCGAUGACAUUCAGGAUUACAUAAGAAGGACGGAUGAUUCCAAAUUGGCUGGAGUUGGGGCCAACAGUGACGACGAGUACGAAGAACCAAUCUAUGCCGAAGUGUUCGAUAAAACCCCUCGUACGCCAGCUCCACCGACUCCGGCGGCUUAUCUGGCGAAGAGAGCUUCCAUGUUGAAGAAUAUUUUCGUAUUCGACGCGGAGAAUUUCAUCAAGAGCCACGUUCCUCGGCUUCCGGAAGGGAUGUUCGAUCACAGCGAACAGAAACCCGCAGCGGAUCAGGUCGAUAGUGAUCUGUUGUCACUACCAUCACGCCGGCAGAUGAUCAGUGGAUUGGAGGAGGACGAUCUCAGUGGCAAAUCGGUUGCCUUUGCCGGUUGGGUUAUGUUUCUGUUGAUGAGAAUGAUCGCUCUGUCGGUGUUCUACGUGUUCUUCCCAACUUACUUCUGGAUGAUUUGCCUUAAUCACUAUCUGCUGAUGAUAGCCUGCAUCAUCUACGAAGUGCGGCUCCAUGAAAAGCUUGAACGGUACUAUUUCUACCUGUUCCUUGCUUACAUCUACACGUUCUCCUUGAUGGAGUUUAAGAUUAAGUUCAUUCACGUGCGCACCUGGUACGUCGGAUACGUAGCGAUAGUGUUCGCUCAAAAUAUCGCCAUGAGCGCUCUGUGGUACAAUCUGGGCUCGUUCGAAUCCUGGUGGUUUGAUUUUCUGCACUACAUCACAAUUGCCAGUGGCAUUCUUAGCUUACUGUGCCUUAUGUUCUAUUACGCCUUCCUCAAACCUAAGGAUAAACUACUGUUUGUAAACUAAGAUUCACUCUCUUUUCACCCAUGUCUUUCUUCAUCGA